GAACUUCCAUUGACACUUGUUUAUCCUCACGAAAGACAAUAUAUGAGCAUGCUAGGUGGCAAGAUCGUCCAUUCGACAUGAACGGAUUCCUUUUGAUAUUUCCAGGCCUUUUGAUAUUGGCCAAGUGCCUUGUCAUUAACGGUUGUGUAGUGGAAGAUGUGCGGUGUGUUAAGAGUUUCAACUCUCCGUAUGAAACCUCCCGGACCCGUCAUCAUAUCAGAUCCGGUGAAGAUUGCCUGGCUAAUUGUACUAAAAUUUUCGAAAAGAACUCCGAAAUCAACUAUUUCACAUAUGAUUCGGCCAUUGAGCGAUGUCGUUGCUCACGGAGGUGCAUCGUAGAUCGAGAGGAAAGUGCGAAAGGUGAUGUUGCUGGAUUAAUUUCGGCACAAGAUCCUGAUGAACUCUGCGUCACAGAAGCGGAUGUCGAAGAGGAAGCGGAUGCCUUUAUAUCUAUCAUGGGCACUGAUUUGGUACAACCCCAUCCACUGUCUGAAGACAGUUAUUGCAACACUAAGGCAAACAGGGACGCUGCCAAGUUUCCUGUGAGCUUAUCCUAUGAGAAUGAUCGGAGAGCUUUUUUCUUCAAUAACGAUGAAGUCGUUGCUUGCGGAGGUUGGAUAGGUUGCGAUGGAUAUAACAUACAUCCGGAAAUACAAGGGCAUUCGACUUUGGGAUUAAGUAACUCCCCUGUCAACAUUUCGUUGGUGACAUUUUCGAAUGGGACUACAUGGCUGUUGGGUGGAGAAAACAGGAAUUCGAAAUCACAUGAACCCUUGAUGAACACUUAUCUUUAUGAUUCUAACUCCAUAUUGGUGCAAUCGCCAGUUGCAAUGCCUCAAGCCAUGACUAUGUCAUGCAGUGCUCGGAUUAGCGAUUCCCAGGUGUUCCUCGUGGAUGGCCUCACUGGAGAUUGCUUCAUGUUUGACUCUGAGCAAGGGUCCAAGUGGAUAUCUUUACCUGGGCUACUUAGUCCCAAAAUGGAAGAGGUGCUUUGUGCCGUGGCCAAAAACAAUGGAGAUCCACUCGUGAUUGUUGAUGGUUGGAUGGGAGAUGAGGGGAAGGACGAGCCCUCGCAAAUCUUCCACGUGGCAAGUCAGACAUGGACUUUUGCUCCGGGUCAAAUAGACUACGUCAUUCCAUACCGUUCGGCGAUAUUGCCCCUAGGCAAUAGUGUCAUAUCUGUUGGUGGCUUCGUCAUUGACAACACUGGCCAACGCGUCAAGAAUACGUGGAUCAGAAUGUACGAUCUGAAAACUGGGAAUUGGGUCGUGAGAGGUUCUGAGCUUGAAGAUACCAUCGGCGGGACAGUGCAUUUGUUGGUGCCAAAAUCUUUGGAGAUGUGCAAACCUAGAUAAUAAGGGAAGAUUGUUAUAUGACAAAUGAGAAAUCCCAAGAGUCAAAUAAGAUGCCCAUUUGUAACCAGAUGAAUAAAUCAACGGUUGAAGUUCAUC